AGGCGCGGCGCUGCCUCUCUCUGCUGGUGGCCCGCCCUCCCUCCUCCCCUCCCUCCCCUCCCCGUCCCCUCUCCCUUCCUCAGGCCCGCGCGUCUUCCUCCCGCACGCGCCGUCGUUAGCGGAGCGCUCGCCGGUGCGCGCCUUCCUUGUCCCUCAGGCAGCGGGGCGGGCGCGACCCUGCUCCACGCUCGCGGUUCCCGGCGAGGAGCGUACCACCAGAGCACGGGGGGAGCCGGCCGCCCUGCCGCCCGCGCCUCGGCGACCCCGCGGGGCUGAGGCGACGCCGCACCCGGCAGCCUGAGCGCACAGCCGGCCUUGACCCAGAGCUCGGAGCCGCGAGCGCCGCGCCCUCCGCCGGCCCCACCCAUCCGGACCGCGGCCAUGGCCGAGACCGAGGAGCGGAGCCUGGACAACUUCUUCGCCAAGAGGGACAAGAAGAAGAAGAAGGAACGGAGCAGUCGGGCGGCCAACGCGGCGAGCGGCGCGGGCGGGAGCAGCGCGGCGGCGGGCUCCAGGCCGGGCGAUGGCGGGAGCUUGGGCUCCGGUGCCAGGUCGGGCGACGGCGGGAGCUUGGGCUCCGGCGCCAGGUCGGGCGACGGCGGGAGUUCGGGCUCUGGUGCUAGGUCCGGAGACGGCGGGAGCUCGAGGUCCGGAGACGGCGGGAGCGCGGGCCCCGCCGGCAAGGCCAUAACGAAGGAUGAAAAUGAGUGGAAAGAAUUUGAGCAAAGAGAGGUUGAUUACAGCGGAUUAAGAGUUCAGGCAAUGCAAAUAAGUGAAAAGGAAGAUGAUGAUAAUGAGAAGAGAGAAGAUCCAGGAGAUAAUUGGGAAGAAGGUGGAGGUGGCAGUGGAGCAGAAAAAUCUUCAGGUCCCUGGAAUAAAACCGCUCCGGUACAAGCGCCUCCUGCUCCAGUAACAGUUACAGAAACCCCGGAGACAGCAAUGCCCAGUGGUGUAUACAGGCCUCCUGGGGCAAGGCUAACCACAACAAGGAAAACGCCACAAGGACCACCGGAAAUAUACAGUGACACGCAGUUCCCAUCCCUGCAGUCCACUGCCAAGCAUGUAGAGAGCCGG